GUCAAAUAUUAGCUUGUGGUCAAAAAAUUUGCCCGGUGUCGACUGGUAGUGAUUGUUUUUGUCGAUUUUUGAGCUACUUUUCAAUCCGAGUUUUUUUUUAUCGUUUUUUUAAUGUUUAUGUAGUGUUUUAUAAAGAUUCUAGUGCAGUGUUAGUGUCUUGUUUACGGUACCUGGUUCCUGGUCAGCUCUACUGGAAAUCACAAGACAACUAAUUGGUAAUCUGGAUGCUUCAGAAGAAACGGUGAUUUUAGUCAAAGAUAGUGAAAAAGUGUUUCAAACACUAGUAAUGAUUGACCAUGUAGAGGCUGUUUUGGUUUUCGUUCUCGAGAUUCGAUGAAUCUUUUUGCUAUUCGAACAUCGGAGUCUCCAAGAAGCAAAAUCAACAGAAAGGAGAAUUGUCCACAACAAAUCAUGUUAAGGAGAGCGGUUUCUCAAUGGAUAACCGCCUUGGCGGUUCUUCUAUUGAUACAUUACGCAUUUAUGACAUCUCUAGAACCAGAAUUUCCGAAUGCGGAUUUAAAACAACGUUCUAGAAGAUCUCAUUCGCGAAGUUCGAAAGGAAGCAAUGUCAAUUCCAUAAGCAGCGCAGGCCAAAACGGGGUCUUUGUUACGGGAAAUGCAACAAGAGUAGUCGCACAGAGAAACGGCUUGGCAGUCCUUCCUUGUACUGUGAAGAGAUCCACCCAAGGAACGGUGACGUGGAUCCGCAGACGAGACUUCCAGCUCUUAACCGUUGGCACGGCGACUUAUUCAAGCGACGAGCGAUUUUUCGUUGAACAUGUUCGCCAUUUGGGCAACUGGCCUCUUCAAAUAAAGUCUGCUAAGCUGGAAGAUGCCGGCACGUACGAGUGCCAGAUUUCGACGCACCCGCCUGCCAGCAUUUUUAUACACCUCAAAGUAGUAGAAGCCGUAGCUCAAAUCACGGGAGCGCCCGAUCUGCACAUAAGAGAGGGUUCUACUUUACGACUAGUGUGCUCGAUAAAAGGAGCGACGGAAGCGCCUUUAUAUGUUUUUUGGUACCACGCUUCAAGGAUGGUGAACUACGACGGCGCCCGAGGUUUUAUCGUGACGGGCGAGAGAGGCGCUAGUGUGCUUACAGUUCCGGAAGCAAAUAAAACGGUGCACAGCGGAAAUUUCACUUGCGCGCCAUCCAACGCCAGACAGGCCAGCAUCACGGUACACGUAUUAAACGGUGAAAAACCAGCAGCAAUGCAGCAUGCAAACACAAGCACUUCGAGUUCAGAAAUGAUUUUUCCAAAAUUAUGGGCAAUAGUUUCGACGUCUUUGUAUCUCAGCCUAAAUUCCAACAGAUGAAUUUAAUAAAAAUUCACUUAAAAUUUCUUCAAUGAUAUAUCAUUAACAGGUAACUAACUA